AUGGCAGACUUGUUGUAUCCAUUUGCAUUGGUGGCCAGGAAGGCCUUGGUGAUGGAGAAAUCCGCCAGGACAGAAAAAUUGGCCUUGGUAGACACCCUGGCAGCCAUUGAACUUCAUGAAUCAUGUAAUGAUAUUGACCAUAUUUUAAAGUUUGUACUCCCCAGGGCACUUGCUCAGUAUGCGCGGGCUGAAGAGGAACGGACCAACGGAGGUGCCACCGUUGAAUUGGAACAGUUGUUGAGGUUAGAGCACGAGUCCGAACGCGAAGUUGGCACUGGGAUCAUUGGUGGCGCUGAUUUGACCACCGAGAAAUUAUUAGAGGGCCAAGCUAUCGAUAAGAAGGCUGAAGUGGAUAAGAGGGAUUCCAAGUUGGCAGACGUCUUGUACGAGGCCCAUGGAAGGUCUGUAGCAUUUGUACUGUCGUACCUCUCCAACCUUGUACAACAAUUUGGCCCUGAGGUGUCAACGUCUGUUGUGGACCGGUUGAAGAGCCGUAUCCCCGAGUUUGAUGAAGAGGAUUGGUGGGUGGCCUAUAACCGGUUCAGGGAGACGGUAGGCGAGAUUGUUACGGUAUUGAAAGGGGUGCAAAUUUCAAGUGCCAGCACCAAUAGUUCUUCGACUCACCAGCAUGAGGUGGCUCAACUCCGAGAACUGGGGAAUAAUUUAAUGAGUAAUAGAGCUUAUCCACAGGCUAUUGCAGUGUAUACCGAGGCAAUUCAAAAAUGUAGGGCCGUCAAGACGGCGGCGGCGGCGCCUCUCCCUCAACUCUUGACCAAUAGAGCCAUUGCAUACAUGGGACUCAAUUGUUUCUUCGAGGCAGUGACAGAUUUGAACCUGGCCCUUUAUGUUGACAAUGAGUUCAUCCCCGCGUGGUCACAGAUUGGCUAUUGUCAUCUUUACAUGGGUCUGCUGCUUUUAUCUCUCAAGUGUUAUCUUCGAGCCCUUGAAAUGUACACAAAGAGAGACACCGAAGAGACGUCUGAUGACUCAAUAAUGCCUCAGUUUGUUCAGAGGUUGAUACAAUCAGUGGUGCUUUGUGAAAAGAGAGCCAGACAACAGAGAGAACCACUGGAUGGGAUUAACCAAGUGGUUGGAGAAGUCAAGAAAAUCGCUAGUAGAUUACAAUCGAAAGCUCUUGAUGUCGACAAGGCGUAUUAUGAAUACGGGUACACGUUCCCCAGCAAUGACACGUUUGUUCUGGUGGCUGGAGAUGCCAAUAGAACUAACCCAAGUAUAUUGAACCAGGACACCGCUCAAGAUUUAUUGGCAAGUACCAGUAUUGAAGCAACUGCGGUGCCAAUGACUUUUGAAACAAGAAUCCCAAGGCCAACUACUGCUGGGAAUAACACAAAUGGUGGUCCUGUUGCCACAGCGGCUGCAUUAGCGGCAGCCGCCGCAGCCACUGCAUCUGGAUCCCCUCCUACAACGACGGGCACCCCUACAACCACGCCGGGGGCUGGACCAAUUAGAUUUGGAGCACCACCGAUUGUCAGUAGAUUAAGUGGGCUAAACCCAAUGGGUAGAUUUCAACAACCAUCAGGACCGCCAAGAUUCAACGAUACAUCUUCUACUCCUGGUGCAGCCAUGCCAGGUCAAUUACCCGAGGGGAUCUUUGAAAGACAUCAAGCAUUGGUAGAAAGAAGCAGAGCAUUGCAUGCAGAUGCUAUUAGAAGGACAUCAGCACAACCAUCCACAGAACGAGAAGGACGCACCGUAGAACUGCGGGGUGGAAAUGCCGCCGCUACUCUUCUUCGAGAUUUUGUUCCCGGUGUUCCCGAGCAUUUGGGUGGAUUCACACGUGUUGGAAAUUCACAAACUUUCACUGGACCAGGUGGUGCUGUUGUUAAUGUUAGACAAGGAGGGACUCUCGAGUCCAGUGUGACACCACUGCCUGUACCAUUCGGCGACACCCUGGACGCUCUGGAUGAUACCGACAUGCCACCAGUGGAUUUAGAUUGA